CUACGUUUUUUCCAAUCUACCGCCCUUGCUUCUUCCCUUCUUCGCUCUUCCGUCUCUCUCUCUCUUUACGCGCCUUCCGCCUUCUUUUAUCGCCCUUUCCCUUCGUUUUCUAGGGUACGCUGGUUUCUCUCUCUCUCAAUUUCCCCCUUUCUUUGUCCAUUUUUGGCGGUGUCGUUGCAUUUCCGUCGAUUUCCGAUGAAAGGAGGGAAGGCGAAGGCCGAAACGGCCAAAAAAGCUGAUAACAAGCUGGGAACGAAGAGGAAGGCCUCUGGGAGUGACCGAGUUGGGAAGAGAGCUGCUAAGAAAGGGAAGGACCCUAACAAGCCGAAGCGGCCGCCUAGCGCCUUCUUCGUCUUUAUGGAAGAGUUCAGGAAGCAGUUUCAGGAGAAAAACCCGAACAACAAGUCCGUCGCCACGGUGGGAAAGGCUGCUGGAGAUAAGUGGAAGUCGAUGUCUGAAUCUGACAAGGCACCCUAUGCAGCGAAAGCAGCUAAGAGGAAGGCCGAGUACGAGAAGAGUAUGGCAGCCUAUAACAAAAAGCAGGCUGGUGGUUCUGAAAAUGAGGAGGAAUCUGACAAGUCGAAGUCCGAAGUGAACGAUGAUGAAGACGAAAGCGGAGAGGAGGAAGAGGAAGAAUGACGUGCUGGCAGAAAAAAAUAGAAGCAAAUGUUUUGUUUGGAAACUGGUGAAUCUGUGUAGAUUUUUGGACGUCCAUCUCCGUUCUGGUGGCGUUAGAUCUUGUCAGACAGCAAACUGCCGACUUCCGUUUCUUUCCUUUUUUUUGCUUCCCUUCCAGAUUUGCCUUUCGGGCAUUUUGUUCCUUCUAAUUUAACAUGGUCUGUAGAACAUCUUGGUGAUCGCCUGACAUGCUCUUAGUUCUCCCUUCCUGUAAUUAUCAAAAUUUUAGUUGAAGUUUCAUCUCAA